UAUCAUUGCACUCGGCUUUUAAACCACCAUCAAAGAGGGUGGUGGGGGGCGGCUUGCUACCAUGGCAGAUCAGCAGAAGUCGAACACAGAUUCAUGGCAAACAACUGUCAUAGUCAGCACAUCUCUUCAGAGUCAUGAGUCUGUCAGACUUUUGCAAGCUCACCGAGUGCGCUUUUCAGAAGGCGUGGAGUCUGGGUCCUUCGUGUUUCCCCUCUCAGGUACAGCCUUCAUGUUGGUGGUCUCCCAGGAUCUGCCCGAGCCGCUGGAGGAUUCUGGCCUGUAUGAGAAGAUCCAGAGGUUUGUGAAGGUGCACAGGAACUGCUUUCUCCUGCUGCAGGCCCCUGUGUUCGGGCAGAGAGAGUGGGCCAUCAUGGAAGCUGUGCAGAGCAGAUUUUUUGGCAGCAAUCUGCGUGCAUAUCCAGUCCACUGUAAUGCAAACAUGGUGAAGGGAAUGCUGGCUCUGGCAAAGGCCACUAGUAAGCCAAAUGUGGACACGGUGAGGGACCGCAUGUCUCUGGUCAGGGGCCACCUGAUCGAACGCAGUCCAGUAUGGGAGCUGCUGAGGGACAUUCAGAACCAGAUGAUGGCUGUCUCCACAGGCGGCUGGACUCAGGGAGUCUGAAACUGAAGUGAAUUAUGAGCAGCUGCUGCACUAUUACAGUACUAUAGUGCAGUAUGAACACAACGGGUAUUACGGUAUAGUAAUGUUGUUAUGAUUCUGCUAUAAUAUAAUCUGGAUAUACUUGGUAAUAAAAUUAAAAAAUACUUAGUUUAUACUCAGUAAUAAAAUGUGGGCUUAAUAAGCCACAGCAAUUCAAUAUUGCUGUAUUGUAAGUUGUAACAAUGCAAUGUGAACUUUACUAUAGGAAUACAUGAUAGACUUUUUUUACAUUGGAUGGUAGUCCUAGUUUGCCAGUGGCAGCAAUGUUUUUUUGUAAGUUUACUACAUGUUCAGUGUAUGUUUUCAGAGCAAAUAUACCAUCACAGCAUGUGAAUGUUAAGCAUACUUAGUAAGUAUUGUACAGUAGCUCAAUAAUUGACACAAAUCAAUUGUAAAUUAAAUAUUUAAUAGCUUUUGGUAAACAGAAUAAAAGCAAAAUCCAUUUAAAAAAAUGCUUGUUCUAUUAUUUGCCUAAACUGAACAAUAUAAAUCACGGGACCUUACAAUAUGUCAUUACAUGGGUAGCACACCUGCAUGUAACACCCCAUCAUGGGCACUAGAUAGCAGCAGAGAGCAUCUAUUGGGGUGAACCCAUUGACUGUAAAUAGAAUAUAUACUGUCAAUGGGUGAACCACAUCUGCAAAUCAAACCCUACAUGUUCAGGAUUCUGUAAUCCAGGACUGUACUGGUUCUAACGAAAAGGCAAAUCAAAUUGACAAAAAAAAAUGUAUUCUUGCACAAGUUACAUUUGGAAUGCCACAUUCCUAUUACCGGUAGCCUACUAUUCCUCUCAUUCGACAUGCUUAUGCGGCUGGUAAAACUGUCUCACGUAAACUCUGGAAUUUUGUAGUUUGA